AUGCCACGCUUCUGCGGUUUUGGUGUUGGGGCUCUACUCUUGGCAAUUUCCGGCUUAAUCCAGACAACACUCAUCAUCGUCUCUGGUUCAGGACCUCAUGUUCUCUUGGAGAAUCAUUUCAUAUCGAUCGAUGUGUCCAACCUGAACAUACCAGCAAGACUAUACAAUUCAACCUUCCUCCUAGACAUUGGGUCCUAUGCCGGGUUGGACCUCGUCGGCUCAGGCUCAAUGCCCGAGACGCUUGGUUUGGGAAUGACAUACACGGUCUCGCUCCUGACUGCGUGUGCGCGAGACAGCAAUGGCGACUCGAGCUGCGCCAGGCCAAAAGUUGGCUAUUGGUUCAACCCAGGAAAGGACUUGAGGCUUGACGGCAGCUCCUUCAUGGGACUUCAGGAUGACGAGUACCGGAAUCAAAUCGAGUCCUACAAGAAAGUGGCGUACUAUCUCGCCGUCGCCUACCUUGUUUCAGCAGUGAGCCUAUUUCUCUGCAUCAUUCUCAAUCUGAUAUCGAUAUGCUUCCCUUCAGCUACAAUAGGGAGUCUAGUAUUCGCCUUUAUCGCGACUCUAUUUCUCUUCACCGGCUCCGUCGUCUCGGUCGUCAAAUUCGGCCAGCUUCGGGACCAGUUCAACACCACACUCGGAAGCACUGGGCUCCACACCACUCUAGGCCAGAGGGUCUACAUCCUGAGCUUUAUUGCUUUCGCCGUUUCGCUUGGCGCUACGAUUGUCCUUGCCGUCCGACACAAAAAGCAGCAAAGCAUGCAGCGGCACCGCAUCCUUGAUCGAGGGAUUCCACCAAAGGGUUUCGCCGCAGCAGAGUCCCAACCUGCCACAGGCGUCUUCAAGCCGGGAGUGAUCCGACAUCUGACGACCUGGAAUCGACACAGGUACAGUCAGGUUAAAAAGCAUCCAGUCGUCGUUCAGAACAGAUCUAUCAGUCCCGAGGAUGAUCACCGUGGCCUCGUGGCCGCCGUGGAAGACGACUUUCCACAUGAAUACCCUGGUGAUAUCGCUAUGGGAGCCAUGUCAACACACGCAUCAACUCGCGACAGGACUCUGAAUGAUGCAUCAACUGCGUAUGACCCAUACCAUGCUAUCUAG